AUGUCUGAAGAGUCUUGCGUCAUCCUCACAGUCAUACAUCAUGGCAAGCCUCAUGCAUACUCGUUCCCCAGCAAUGCGACACUCAUAGACCUCUCUGACCGAAUUCACGAAGAGCUCGGGAUACCUCAGUCUCAUCAAAAACUACUAGUGCCGAAACUUGGCCUCCAGCGCGUUCCGUUCAAAGACCCUUCAUUACCACUCCGCUCUCUUGUGAACCGAAAAAUCACAUUACUCGCUCCUACGCAUGAGGAGCUCUCAAGACUGGCAGCAUCAAUCUCAGAGGCGACGAGACCUCGAAAGGCCUCCCCGAUAUCUUCUGCAAAGCCCGUUCGAACGCGUGAUUGGCAACGUGUAAGGGAGGAUGCCGAGUACACUUUCCACACUCUCCGUCCUCUCCCACAAUUUCCACAUCCCGAACGGUCGCUUGCAUUUUUGGAGCGUUUGCGCGAUGACCCUGGGAUUCGAGCGGCAAUGCGCAACCACAAGUUCUCUGUUCCUUUGCUCACGGAGAUGGAUCCAGCGGCACACACGUCUGCGUCGCAUGAAGGGGUGUCACGGACACUGGGCUUGAACAGAAAUAAAGGCGAAGUGAUAGAAUUGAGGCUACGUACUGAUGCGAUGGACGGUUAUAGGGACUAUAAGACAAUCCGUAACACACUUUGCCAUGAGCUUGCUCACAACGUCCAUGGACCGCAUGACCAGAAGUUCUGGAAGCUAUGCAGGGAGAUAGAAAAGGAGGUCAGCAAAGCAGACUGGAAGAGUGGUGGUCAAGCACUUACGAACGAUGCCUUCUACGAACCCGAGCCAGGCUCAAGCGAGGAUCAUAUUGACGAAGGUGGUUGGGCGGGCGGUGAAUUUGUGCUUGGCCGAGGGGAGGAGAAAGACAGUAACGUUGAUGUCGAGACAGGACAAAUGAGCCGACGAGAGGUUAUUGCGAGAGCAGCAGAAGCUCGGUUUAAGAAAGGAAAGCAGGUAGAUCAGGACCAGAAUAAGUCUGGUGAGCAAUAA